AUGGAUGAGGCUGACAUAACUGAUAAAAGUGGUAUUGAAGAAAAUGGAGAGAUCUCAGAAGAUGAACAGCUACAGGUCAAGCACAGUAAACAUAAGAAAAAGAAACACAAGCAUCGGAGCAAGCACAAAAAACACAAGCAUUCUCCUGAAGAAGACAAGGACAAAAAACACAAACAUAAGCAUAAACAUAAGAAGCACAAGAGGAAAACGAUAGGAGAUCCCAACAAAGAUGACAUUUCACCAUCCAAGAGAGCAAAACUAGAUGACUUUGCAUUGCUGGAAGACUUGGAGAAGCAACGAGCUAUGAUCAAAGCAGAGCUUGACAAUGAAUUAAUGGAAGGUAAAGUACAGUCUGGCAUGGGCUUAAUACUUCAGGGUUACAAUUCUGGUUCUGAAGAGGAGGGAGAGAUCAAUGAGAAGAUUCGAAAUGGAAGAAGAGCAUCAGGAAAGUCAAAUGUGAAGGGAAAGCAGGAGCUCAAUUCAAAAUCCAUUGCUAAAAGACGGAGUCGCAGUAAGUCCAAAGAGAAGACGAAACACAAGUCAGAAAAGAAAAAAAAUAAAGUCAGCUCUGAAACUCCUAAAGAAAAAGUACCUAGAAGUAAGUCUAAGGAGAGAAGGAAAUCUAAAAGUCCUUCUAAAAGAAACAAAUCCCAAGAUCAAGUGAAAAAGUCUCCACCCUUGCGCAGACAAUCCCCAGAAAAAAACAGGAAAUCUGUAUCUCCCUUAGAUGACAGAGUAAGGGUAAGAGACCAGAAGAAAUCACCUGUAGCUACAGAGAGUAGGGUUAGAGAUCGUAGUAGGAAGUCCAAGUCCCCUCUACCCAGAAGAAGUAAAUCGAAGGAAAGAAGAUCAAAGUCAAAGGAGCGUAAACCAAGGAGAUCCGAUACAGAGAGAGACAAAAAACCUGUCAAGUCUCCUUCGAAAGACGCUUCUUCUGGAAAGGAAAACCGCUCCCCAGGCCGUCGACCAGUACGCAGCCCAAAAGCAAGAAGUCUUACUCCUAAACAGCGUGACAGGACAUCAAGGCAUAGUAGAUCUCCAUUUACUCAAGAUAAAAAGUCUAAACAAUCCCCUAUUCGAACACAGUCCCCAGCUAGGAGAGCAAAAAGUAAAUCUGUAGAAAGGAAACGGCGUGAACAGGAGAGGAGACGACUGUCUUCUCCUAGAGCAAGAGGCAGAGAAGACGUUCUUGCAAGGCAUGAAAGGGUGAAAGAAGCCAGCCCUUCUCGAUGGUCCCCUUCUAGAAGACGUUCAAGUAGGUCUCCUGGACGAAGGAGGUCACGUUCACCCCUUAGACGUAGCAGAUCACCCUGGAGAAGAAGUCGAUCUCCUCACAGAAGGGAUAGAGGCAGAAGAAGUAGAUCACGUAUGCGAAGGCGUUCAUAUUCCCGAGGAGGACGAAAUCGCCGAAGGAGAAGUAGGAGCAAAGAUAAAGAAGAUAAGUUUAAAGGAAGCCUUUCUGAAGGAAUGAAGGUGGAACAGGAAUCUUCAGAUGAAAACCUAGAAGAUUUUGAUGUUGAAGAAGAGGAUGAAGAGGCUCUUAUUGAGCAAAGACGACUGCAGAGGCUAGCUAUUGUGGAGAAAUACAUAAAGGAAGACAGCAAUAUGUCUGGGAACUCUGAACCGAGCAGUCCGCAGAGUAGUUCACGAAGUCGGUCUCCCUCACCAGAUGACAUCCUGGAGCGGGUUGCAGCAGACGUUAAGGAAUAUGAAAGAGAGAAUCUGGACAACUUUGAGGCUUCUGUAAAAGCCAAGCACAACCUAAUGACUGAGCAGAAUAAUGGUUCUGUCCAGAAAAAAAUAUCUGCUCCGGACAUGUUCACCGAAUCUGAUGACAUGUUUGCAGCGUAUUUUGAUAGUGCUCGUUUUAGAGCUGCUGGUAUUGGAAAGGACUUCAAGGAAAAUCCCAACUUGAGGGAUAACUGGACAGAUGCUGAAGGCUAUUAUCGUGUUAACAUAGGUGAAAUUUUAGAGAAACGGUACCAUGUCUAUGGAUAUACAGGCCAAGGGGUAUUCAGUAAUGUUGUGCGUGCUCGAGACAUGGCAAGAGCGAAUCAAGAAGUUGCAGUGAAAAUCAUUAGAAAUAAUGAAUUAAUGCAAAAAACUGGCCUGAAAGAAUUGGAGUUUCUGAAGAAGCUGAAUGAUGCCGACCCGGAUGACAAAUUUCACUGUUUGCGCUUGUUCCGUCACUUCUACCAUAAGCAACACUUGUGCCUGGUGUUUGAACCACUAAGUAUGAACCUGAGAGAAGUUUUGAAGAAAUAUGGUAAAGAUGUAGGCUUACAUAUCAAAGCCGUCAGGUCCUACAGUCAGCAGCUCUUUUUGGCUUUAAAACUUCUAAAAAGAUGCAACAUUCUUCAUGCAGAUAUUAAACCUGAUAACAUACUGGUAAAUGAAUCCAAAACCAUUCUUAAACUUUGUGACUUUGGAUCUGCAUCACAUGUGGCAGACAAUGAUAUUACACCAUAUCUUGUCAGUAGAUUUUACAGAGCUCCUGAAAUCGUAAUUGGAAAAAUAUAUGAUUAUGGAAUAGAUAUGUGGUCUGUUGGUUGCACAUUGUGUGAACUCUAUACUGGAAAAAUCUUGUUCCCUGGAAAAACGAAUAAUCACAUGCUAAAACUUGCUAUGGACCUGAAAGGAAAAAUGCCAAACAAGAUGAUUCGGAAAGGUGUAUUUAAAGACCAGCACUUUGAUUCAAAUUUGAACUUCAUGUACAUUGAAGUUGACAAAGUUACAGAAAGGGAGAAAGUUACCGUUAUGAGCACUAUUAACCCAACAAAGGACCUGUUGGCUGAUUUAAUUGGAUGCCAGAGGCUGCCAGAAGACCAGCGCAAAAAAGUUCACCAACUUAAAGACUUGUUGGAUCAGAUAUUAAUGCUAGACCCGGCUAAACGAAUCAGCAUCAAUCAAGCACUUCAGCAUCCUUUCAUUCAAGAAAAGAUCUAAAUGUGGGCAGUGGUUUGAAUAGUUCACACCAGGACUGAAGACCUUCCACAGCAGCUUGUUAAUGUAUAUAAACAUAUAAAUAUUUCCCUUGCAAAGUUGAGGAAGCUUGUAUUGUUUGAAUUAAAACCAAGGGUUUAUUUUACUUUAUUAGCUUUUUUUUUUUUCCAAUGAACUGUCUGAAAAAUUGUGAUAUCUGUACUUUUUCACAAUAGAAAUGCUUGUAAAUUGGCAGAACUAUUACAGUUUGCUUUGAAAAUUAAGUUUGGGAAAACCAAAUUGCGAUUUAAUGUUUGGAUGUAAUAUUUUAUUUUUAGCAGUCACGGCUCAUUUUUUCUUUUUUAAUUUUGUUUUGGAAGAAUACAUGACCAGCAUAAAUGCUGUUUAUAUUCACAUUUUCUAGGUUGCGUACGCAGGCCUCAGCAGCAUGCCCUUGGUCUAGUCAGUGCCGAAGGGAGGCCUGUUCCUCCAUGAGCCUGCCUGCAGGGAUGGUCUCUUUUAAAGCAGGUUGUGUACAACUUACAGUACACUGAAGGUAAGCUGAACCAUCAACAUCACUGGUGUUUUAAGAUGUUUCAAUAUGUAGCUGUAUUGCCAUUUGACAAAUGCAAGUUUGGUAGCUAAAUGUGGCAGCAGUUUGCUCUUGCAUGUUUGCCGGUGACCUACUGUUCGUUCUUUUGUAAUGUUUUAAGUUGGACAAUGGUUGUGGUAGUUCAGUCUAAACUUCUCUCUCCAUCUGGUUUUAGUGGAGUGUGUGCACGCUUGAUGGAAGGGCUGCGCCUUCAGUGUACUGUUUCUUAAUUGUUUUCCAUUUUGUAUGAUUUCUCUCCCCCCCCCUUCUUUUUAAGGCCAUUGGCCAUUAGUUUAAGUGGGAAAGCUUCAACACAAUCAUAGUUCUGCUCUUUUCCCUACCAAAGGAGUUGUCUGGUGUAAGGGGAGAAUUCUUUAGAAAUUGGCUAAGAGUGGUAGAAAAUGCUAAAAGGAUGGUUACUCACUGAUCCUCCACAAUUCACAUUUUGACUCUGACCAGGUCUCUACUAGCAGGCCCCAUCCUGACUGGAGAUGCCUGCUCAGCUAAUCAUUGUCAGAGGUGGGUGGCCACUGCAGUCAAUGGGUGUCUACCCUGACAUACCCAGGCAUUGACUGUUAAGAUGGUAUUGGAAAGCAGAGACCCACCAGACCCAGGUAAUCAUCGGAACAGAGCAGCAGGGAUCGAUGAGUAUCCUUUCUUUUACUUUUUAUACCACUCUAAGCCUUUUCUAAAGAACUUUGCUCUCCUGGACAAACCACUUUGCAAUGUACUUGUGUGUAUUUCUUAACGGCACAAAAGGGGCAUCUCUUUUCUGACCAAGGGUAUGUAAAUGGGAGCUCCCCUUUGUGCCGUUUCUAGGUUCUGAUGAAAAAAAAAAUAUGUUUUUAUUUGUUUAAUUGUUCAUGAUCAUGUUGUCUUUCAGUACAGGACUAAACUCUCCAAUCUUGAGCAAAGCAGCUGCUUUUUAAAAGCGGUAAUUGCUUCUUUACCUUUUUUAUUUCUCCUGUAAAUGAAGCUAUUUGUUUAAAAACAAUGUCUACAUGAUGUUCCUUCUGAAUAAACUGUUGAGAUUCACUUAUUGUCAAGUGACAGAUGUGCUGCUGCAUGUUCAGUGACCCAUGCAGAUAUCUGUAUGUUUUCAGUAUGCACCAUUAGAUAAUAAAGUCUUUUGUGAACCAGGUUAUCUGUAGCCAUUUCUAAAGCAUUUCUUUUGGAUCAUAAAUUGGGUAGUACCACUAAAGGUUGAUCCAUUUAUUUCAGUAGUAGCCUUGUGAUUUAUUGUUAUGUAUGCUGUAUUUGGAGAAAGGCCACCGAUGAGUAGAUUCUCAUGGCUCUCGACUUUUACAAUACCAAAUAAAUUUGUAAUGUCCAUACUCCU